AUGACGGCCGCGCUGGCCAAUGGUGACUUCUGUGGCUUCUACGCCGACGUGUGCGCGCAGCUGGAGGCCAUAGGGAAACUCGUGGAGAUCACGAACGCCGACGGCCAAUUCUACUCGAUGCUGCAGGUGAACAAAGUGGCGGGCCUAUUCCCGGUGAUGCGGUCCGGGAUCAGGUCCGUUCUGUAUCUGACCACAACGAUAGGUUACCGAGAGCUCUGCUCGGACGAACCACGAGAGAAGCAAGCUGAUGCAGACGAGCUCAAGAAGAAACAAGGACUCAUCGCGUGGCGUGAAAUUCUGAAUUACAAGAAAAUCAAGGUGCGCAACAUUCAGUGCGCGAAUGACAAGGUGCGAGUACAAUUCCAUCGCAGCUACUGGGCAGCUGGGGGUCGUGGUCCUACGUCUACAAGACCUCCGCUGAGAAGCAAGGUUCUCGAAACCGAACUGCAGCAGGAACACUACUCCGGCGACUACGAUGGUGAACCCGUGUGUCCAACUAAGUGGUCGGCGGCGGCUAGCUGCCAGCGGGAGCUCGAGGGGGACUCACGCCUGAUCAAACAAGACGAAGCACGAGUCGACCGAGUUCGUCAAAGGCAAGAGGGCGACUUCCGCUUUCUCGGUGCCCUCUUCAGGGCGGGGAUGGCGGAGGCGUCGGUGCUGCCUCGCUGUGUGGAGAUGCUUCUAGACAUCCGAAAGAAUCUCGAGUGCGACUUCGAGCUUUCGUACCCGCUAGGAAAACCCGACGAGACGAACAUUGCGGCACUGUGCGAGCUCUUGGAGUCGGCUGGCAAGCGGUUGGAGUCCCACGACAAAGGCUCUCGGGUAGUCUAG